GGCAGCUACAGCGUUGGCACUAUUGCAUCGACUGGGAAACUUGUACAAUGUUACUUCCAUUAAUUGUCCUCCUGUUCCAACCUACAUUACUCAGCGGAUUGCAGCCCACUUCUAACACUUCCAACUGCUCAUCGUUCCAGGACAAAUCACACUUUGUAUUUUACUGUGUGGCAGGUGGUCUAUUCUCCAUUCCAUCACAUAUCCCUUCUCAAACCCAUGCACUCCUCCUCUCCUUUAACCGUAUUCCAUCUAUCUCCCAGGACUCCUUCUCAGGCCUUCUCCAUCUCCAGACCCUAUUACUUGGUGGCCAGGUUACACCUGCCGCAUUUUCUGUUGGGAAAUCUGCCUUCCGUGGCUUUCCCAAUUUAAUUACCCUUGACUUGGGAGGCAACCGCAACAUCAGUCUGCACCCUGAAGCAUUUGAGGGCUUGUCUCGGCUAGAAGUCCUUUUCCUGGAUAACAAUGGUCUUGAUGAAUCUGUACUUGAAUCAGGGAUGUUCAAGGACCUUACUUCCCUUAAGAAGCUUGACCUCUCAUCUAACAAAAUCCACAGAGUCCGGCCUGAUCCCUCCUUUCUGAAGUUAACCUCCAUUUCAGUCAUUCUUCUGAAAUUAAACAAAAUCAACUUGAUAUGUGGGGAUGAACUCCAAAGCCUGCAAGGAAGAAGACUACAGUUACUUGACUUAUCUUCCAACCCUCUACAAGUUUCUAGUAAGCUUCAUUGUACAAAUCCAUUCAACAACCUUACCCUAGGGACCUUGGAUAUCUCAUCUAUGGGCUGGGAUGCAAAGAUGGUAGAACAUUUCUUCAGGACCAUUUCAGGCACUAAAGUGGACUAUAUUAAGAUGAGGCAUGCUGCUGCAUUGGGAAGUGGAUUUGGGUUCAACAAUCUGAAAGACCCCAACAAAGGCACUUUUUCAGGGCUUAAUUCCAGCAAUGUGCAGAUCCUUGACUUGUCCAAUGGUUACAUCUCCCAUUUAGCACCUCAGCUUUUUUCUGCUUUUCCAAAACUCUUGUCCCUAGAUCUUUCCUCCAAUAAGAUAAACCAAAUGAGCACUGGGGCAUUUUCUGGUUUAGGUGAACUGGUGAGUCUCAAUCUGUCAGGAAACCUCCUGGGAGAACUUAUGGGCAACAGUUUCCAAGGUCUGGGAACCACUUCCUUAAAAGCAUUGGAUCUAAGUUCUAAUCACAUUGGUGAUGUACAAUAUGGAGCAUUAGAUACAUUUACUGCUUUGGAAUCACUAAACCUAAGGGACAAUGCACUUAAAAAAAUCCCACGAACCAAGCUGCCAGGUGUUACCCUUGUUUUGUUAAAGCAGAACAGGAUCUCAGAUACUUAUGACAUUAUCUCUUUCUGUCCAAAUGCCACAAUCUUAGACCUUUCAAGCAAUCGCUUAACUGAUCUUAGAUCACUGUGGCACAUCCUGGAACUAAAAGCCUUGAAAUAUCUAUCCUUAGGUAGCAACAGUCUCUCCAGGUGCUCCCUAAAACAUACAAGCAACAUGACAAGGAAAAGUGGUCUUGUACAGUUGGAUCUUUCUAAUAAUGCCUUGGGACCUGUGCUUAAGUCUGGGGAGUGUGAAAACAUUUUCAUGUACUUGGAAAACCUUAAAUAUCUAAACUUAGCCAGGAACCAACUGUCUAACAUUCCUGAGACCAUUUUCCGGGGCCUGUCCAGUUUACACAACCUGGACUUAUCUGAGAAUGUAUUCAAACAUAUCCAAAGCAAUUUAUUCACUGGCCUCACUGCACUGAAGAGCCUAAAUCUGGGGAAAAGCAACCUUGUGACUCUUUCAUCAUCUGUUCUGGAGCCUCUGGUUUCCCUCGAGAGCAUUGACUUAUCAGAGGUGACACUGACGUGCGACUGUAGCCUUGUGGAUUUCUGGAAUUGGCUGAAGGAUACCAACAUCACUGUAAACCUAGGGGGACAAGAGGUUUCGUGCAUAAAGCCAACUCCGGGAAUCCCUGAGAUACCAUUAACUACUUUUGUGAAGAACCAUUGUUAGUAGAGAACCCGUGGAUCUUCUCCUUGAGUUAUACUUGCCAUGCAUUGAAUGCCAAGCAUCGUUGGCAAGCGUCUAUAGUAUAACAGCAUGAAUAAAAAGUACUCGUAAGCAUUUCUACCAUUACAUACUUUUUUCUUUAUAAUUUUGGUGGUUCCUUGACUUCCUUCACCACUAAUCCCAUUUGUAGAUCAACAUUUGAUGGACCUCACAGGUGUAACCCUGCUACCUGUAUAAUUCCAGGGAUAUUACAGAUAGUCCAUAAGGAAUCAACCUCAACUUUCAAGCCUAUGGGUCUUCAAAAUGAACCCUCCUCCACCAUCUACUGCUUUAAGCUCCACUAGGUCUGGAGUUAAGGAGUCACAGUAUUAAGGGACCAUUUGUCAAAACAUACAUUGCUACAAAUUCAAGAUUUAAGGGAAGCUGUAGUCUACCAUACUAUUAUCUGUUUGUAGGGCUCUCUGGCCCAGGUAUUGGUCACUUUAAAAGCCCAUUAUGCACCAAACUAUGUGUAUUCUUACUUAUUCCCUUUGUACAUAUGUAUAUAUGGUUUGUUUUUUUUAAAGCGUUCAGCCUGAUCUUACACAAAAAUAAGUGGCUGUACUAAAAUAAAGCUGCAUGUAGUAUU